AUGAAGAAGGAGAGUGAGAAGGAAUGGAAAGGCGGCCAGAGAUCCAGCCAGGGCUCUGAGCUGGUGGUCCAUGAGCAGCUUCAGGAUGGGGAGAAGCCCUACAAGUGCUUGGAGUGUGGGAAGAGCUUCAGCCAGAGCAACAGCCUGAUCUGCCACCAGAUGAUCCACACUGGGGACUGGCCCUACGAGUGUGGGCAAUGUGGGAAGGGCUUCAGAUGGAGCUCCGAACUCAUCCGUCACCAGCGCAUCCACACUGGGGAGAGGCCCUUCCGCUGCCCCGACUGUGGGGAGGGCUUCAAGCAAAACUCCCACCUCAUCAGUCACCAGCGCAUCCACACUGGGGAGAGGCCCUACAAGUGUGGGGAAUGUGGGAAGAGCUUCAGCCAGAGCUUUAGCCUGAUCAUCCACCAGAGGACCCAUACCGGGGAAUGUCCCUAUGAGUGUGAGGAAUGUGGGAAGGGCUUCAGUCAGAGGUCCCAACUGACCAUCCACCAGCGCAUCCACACUGGAGAGAGGCCCUACGAGUGUCCUGAGUGUGGGAAGAGGUUUCGCAGUAGCUCCAAUCUCCUCCUGCACCAGCGGAUUCACACGGAUGAGAGGCCCUUCCGCUGCCCUGACUGCAGGAAGGGCUUCAAGCACAACUUCACCCUCAUCAUCCACCGGCGCAUCCACACUGGGGAGAGGCCCUACGAGUGUCGCCAGUGUGGGAAGAGCUUCUCCUGGAAAUCUAGCUUGACCCAACACCAACGGAGGCACCGGUAAGGGAAGCCCUACAAGUUCCCCAAGUUCAGGAAGAGCUUUGUGCACUGCUCCAUCUUCAUCCUGCCUUGGAGGACCAAGGUUAGGAAGAGACCUGG